AUGAAUGAACAACUUGCAAGAAAAUCAGUUUCCAAAGCCCAGAUUCCAAAAACUAGAAGCCUUACAAGGUCUCAGAAUAGCCAAGAAGAAAACAAGGCAGCACUAAAAAAUGAAGUCAUGUUUACAGGUUCUCGUGAAUCCUUGACAUCACCAUACAGAAAGGAGUCAAAAACAAAAGCAAAAGGCCCUUAUUUAGAUAAAGACAAGAUAGGAAUGGAGGUCAAGGUAGACAGCAGCACAAGAAUGGGAAAAACACAGGAAGCCCAAGUAAAGAAGAGUGAGUCAAGAGUACUAAAAAGACAAGAAAGCCGAGAAAGGAAGAGUGAGAUGGAUAAAAAACGAGCAUCUCAAGUAAAGAUUGAGGUGAAUACACCAAAAAGACAGGAAUCCCAAAUAAAGAGGAGUGAAUCAGGUGUACCGAAAAGACAAAAAUCUCUAAGAAAGAAAAGUGGGCUAAGUGUAUCAAAAGGACAGGAAUCCCAAGAAAAGUUGAUUAAGGUGAAUGUACCAAAAGGUAAAGAAGUCCAAGAAAAGGAAAGGGAAAAAAGUAUACAACAAGGACAGGAAGGUCAAGAAAAGAAGAAUGAGGUGGGUGUACCAGAAGGACAAGAUCAAGAAAAAAAGAGUGAGGUGGAUGUACUAAGACAGGAAGUUCAAGAAAAGAAGAGUGAGGAAAAUGUACUAAGACAGGAAGUUCAAGAAAAGAAGAGUGAAGUAAAUGUACUAAGACAGGAAGUUCAAGAAAAGAAGAGUGAGGUGGAUGUACUAAGACAGGAAGUUCAAGAAGAGAAGAGUGAGGUGGGUGUACCAGGACAGGAAGGUCAAGAAAAGAAGAGUGAGGUAGACAUACUAAGACAGGAAACUCAAAAAAAGAUUGAGGUGGGUGCACCUGAAGAACAGAAAGAUCAAAAAAAGAGUGAGGUGGGUGUACCUGAAGGACAGGAAGCUUAA